GUCUGGUGAGCUGGGGAGAGCCACAGCCAUGGGGGUGGCCUGGACCCCCCAGCCUUGGCAUUGCCCCCGGGGCAGCUGCGGGCCCUGGCGGGAGGAAACGCCGGGACGCUGAAGCUGCUGGGUGGGGACAUGGCACCAGGAGCCCUCUGGACCUCUCUAGAGCUGCCCCUCUCCAGCUGCACUCCUGGGCUCUUGGGCUCUCUCUGCUGCGAGGAUCCCGAGUCACUCCCCCACUCCCUGACUCCUUUGCCAUGAUCAUGGGCCAGAUUUUCUGGGGAGGUUUUUUGGGCACCUCUAUGGAGCAGUGACCGCCGGGGAAGAGGAUUCCGGUGCUGCCGGCACAGCGGAGCAGGGACGGCUCAAAGGGUGAAACCUUCCCAGCUGGUCAGCAUGGUUAGGAGAGACUUGAGUCUUGAUUCUUGCUUCUUCAGCUUUCUGGUCUGUCUGUCCAGGAGCCUCCUUGCCUUUGCCGCGCUUGCCAAGAACCAGACCUCUAAAGGCUUUGCUCCUGUCACAAUUGAGACCCCAAGGCACACGUAUGAAUACGUGGGCACUGCUCUGGACUGGUGGCAAGCUGGCAGGUACUGUGAGCAGCACUUUGCCCAGCUGCUCCUGGAGCCCCAGGACAGUGAGCAGGGCUCCCUCAGCACACUGCUGCAGUCCCACCACAUCAGAGGCUCUGUGUGGCUGAAGGAAAGGGACAGUGUCCUGCACAAAGCAAAGAGGAGACGUGGCCACACUGUCCCAGUCCUGGUAUUCAGAGACAAAACAGACACAAAAUACGUGAAGGUGCUCUGUGACUUCCCGGCCCUGGCUGCUGUCACAGCCUGUGCCCACCUGCAGUGGGACACCAGGAGCCAGGACAUCGCCACCGUGUUCUCCUACGCCGUGCCUGCUUUCAUCAAUGAGUUCCAGCUGCGUGGCUUCGUGGAUGAGGAGGGCUUUGUUCGGUUUGCUCUCAUUGUCCACGGGCACCAUUCCCCCUACCUGCCCGUGUUCCGUGCUGAUGGGCAGUGGCAUCAUUUCUGUGUCACCUGGCAGCAGGACAACGGCACCUGGGCCAUCUACGCUGAUGGGAAGAGGAGGGCAGCAGCCAGUGGUCUGUGCUCCGUGGGACCCUCUGCCCCCCAGGCCAUCUCUGGCCAGGGCACCUUCAUCAUUGGGCAGGACCAGGAUUCCCUGGGGGGCACCUUCAGGGCCAAGGAGUCCUUCAGUGGGAACAUCACCGACUUGCACAUCUGGCACAAGGUCCUCAGCACCGAGCACAUUGAGAGAGCUCGCUCCUGCUGGGUGGUAGAGCAGGACCUGCUGUUUGGGUGGAGCUCCAAUGCCCUGGAGGUGGAGAGCACUGUCCAGACAGUGGCCAUGAAGCUCCUUUGCCCAGGGCCUGUGGAGGAAUGCAGAGUUUUGGAAGUUGGCAGCAGUGGAUUCAGUUAUGCAUCUUGUUUGCAGCCUUUGCCUUUCAUCUGUCACUACAGCAAGGAUGCAUACUGGCAGCUGAAGAGAGCCCAGCUGGAGUCCAGCCACGCGCUCGCCCGCCGUGUGAACGCCCUGGCAGUGAGGACAGUGAUUCCUGACAGUGUCUUCUCGGGUGGUGUGCAAGACCUGAACCUCUCUGUGGCUCUCGAUGCUCUGGAUGUCUUGGCAGCUGUUCUGAGAGAAGGAGAAGUGCCCGUGCUUGAGCCAUCUGACCUCCUUGCAGUCCUUCAAUUACUAAAGCAAGUUUCAGAUUUGGAAAUCCAGGAGGGAGAUGAGCUGGAGAUGCUGGAGCAGUUGGGCCAGUACUACAUGGAAGUCACUGAGUUAAUUCUGGAAGAGCAGAACAGUGGGACGUGGUCCCUGAUCAGCCAGGUUAUCAGGGGGCCCAUGGCUGUGGUUGAGCUCUGUGACAGAAUGGUGUCACUCCUGGUCCCACUGCUGACCACAGAGAGGACAAAGAUCACGAUCCAGCAUGGGAAUAUUGGGGUGGAGGUGAGGGGGCUGGAGCUGAGCGAGCAGCAGCUGAGUGGUGAGGCCUACGUGGUGCAGACCUCUGAGAAGGGCAGGCAUGACCUCAUUGAAGUUCCUGCAGAAGAAAUGCAAAGGCUGAAAUCCAGAGGCCUGCACAGAGUCACAAUGAAGAACAUGUGGUUUGGCUAUGGCUCCCUGCAGCGCUGCCUGUCCAGCAGUGCAGUGUCCCAGGCCACGGCUGCCCCUGAUGGGGCACAGAAGUUCCUGGGCACCUCGGUGGGCACAGCGGUGAUCUCAGCCACCCUGCUCAGCGACCAGCAGGAGAUCAGCGCGGCCGUGCGCUACCGCCUGCAGCACCGUGCCCAGGACCUGCCCAGUACUCUGGUGGGACCCGUCUGUGCCUUCUGGAACUUCAGCCUCAGCCCAGAUGCUGGUGGGAUGUGGUCCACAGCUGGCUGCUCUGUGGCCAAGUCUCUCCCAGACUCCACUGCCUGUUUUUGCAACCACACCACCAAUUUUGCCAUCCUGCUGCAGGUGUACGAGAUGGAGAGGACCACCAAGGAAGAGUUCACCCUGCAGACUUUGACUUUCAUUGGAUGUGGAGUUUCCUUCUGUGCCUUGAUGGUUACCUUCAUUUUGUUCCUGGCAGUUGGCGUCCCCAAGAGCGAACGAACGACGGUGCACAAGAACCUGAUCCUGGCCCUGGCUGCAGGGGAGGCUCUGCUCAUGGUCAGCGAGCUGGCCAAGCCCAGCCAGGUGCUGUGUUUCAUGGUCACUGCCUUCCUGCACCUCUUCUUCAUGGCAGCCUUCUCAUGGAUGCUGGUGGAGGGGCUUCUCCUCUGGAGCAAAGUGGUGGCAGUCAACAUGAGUGAAGGCAGGAGAAUGAGGUUCUACUACGUGACAGGCUGGGGGCUUCCAGUCCUCAUCGUGGGGGUGACCCUUGCCAGCUCCUUUGACAAGUAUGUGGCGGCCAACCACUGCUGGCUGAACGUGCAGACCAACGUCAUCUGGGCCUUCGUGGGGCCUGUGCUCCUCAUCCUGGCUGUGAACAGCCUGGUGCUGCUCCGCGUGGUGACCGUGACAGUGGCCAGCGCGCGCAGGAGAUCCAGGAUGCUGACCCCCAACAGCAGCCUGGAGAGCCAGAUUGGAACACAGCUCUGGGCCACGGCCAAGCCCGUGCUGGUGCUGCUGCCCGUGCUGGGGCUCACCUGGCUCUGCGGGCUCCUGGUGCACCUCAGCAUCGUCUGGGCCUACGUGUUCAUUGUGCUGAACUCCCUGCAGGGCCUGUACAUAUUCCUGGUCUAUGCUGUCUGUAACAGCGAGGUGAGGAAUGCCAUCCAGAGGAUGAAGGACAAGAAGAAAGCCCUCUCAUUCACAAACUGCUCUCAUCCCAUCAACUACUUAUCCAGCCCGAGGAACACGAGCUCCUGGGACACAGGGAGGCUGAGUCCUGCCCCUGAGGCUGCCCUGCCCAGCCCAGUGCAGAGGGACCCUCCAGUGAAGAGCAUCACCAGCAGAGGAAAUUUUGGAGCCAGAAUUCCCAUGGGCAUCUCAUCCAUCACGUCCCCCGAGAGGCCGGUUUCUGAGAAGUUUCUGGUGACGGGCCUGCAGUGCAGAGGGUCCUCCAGCAGGAAGGAGGGCAGGCUGGAGGAGCUGGCUUCCCUUGGAGAGCUUCCAGCCAGGGCAGAGCUGCCACCCUGCGCUCCUUCCCAGCCCCACGUGCCAAACCAGGGCAGUGUGGGGUCCCAUGGGGCUUGGGCUGCUCCUGACGACUGCCCUGCUCCUCCCCAGGGUGGGUAUUUGUGUUCUGGGCUCCCCACGGCUCCUGCAGCCCCUGCCAGGGCAGCCAGGACUGGCCUGGACAGCGCUGCCACCGCUGUCCCCAUCUCUGCUGGCAGCACUGGCACUGCAGGGUUGUGGCUCUGCCAUCACUGUCCCUGUCCCUGUCCCUGUCCCUGUCCCUGUCCCUGUUCCUGCUGGCAGCACUGGCACUGCAGGGUUGUGGCUCUGUCACUGCUGUCCCUGUCCCUGUCCCCAUCCCUGUCCCUGCUGGCAGCACUGGCACUGCAGGGUUGUGGCUCUGCCAUCACUGUCCCUGUCCCUGUCCCUGUCCCUGUUCCUGCUGGCAGCACUGGCACUGCAGGGUUGUGGCUCUGUCACUGCUGUCCCUGUCCCUGUCCCUGUCCCUGCUGGCAGCACUGGCACUGCAGGGUUGUGGCUCUCAUUGCUGGAGGAGCUGGAGCAGAGGGAUGGGGAGAGCCCAGCUUUGCCCAGGGCAGCUGUGCCCAGGCAGUGCCCACGCUCCCGUGGUGAUGGGGAUGGGAGCACCCUGAGCUGGGACAGGCUGGGUAGGAAGCACAUGCUCUAGGGAAGCCAGCAGCUGGCUCCAAGCCCUUUCUGAGCCAGCUGACAUCAACAGCAUCUUCUGCUGCUUAGGACAGAAAUCCUCUCCCUGCCUCUGCUUGGGUUCCUGCCCAGCUGGCCUGGCCCCUCUCCAGCUGGGCACUGCUUUCCUUCCCUCUCCUCCUAUUACUUCUGUAGUGUUUAGGACACAGAAAAUGUGGUGGGUUUUGCUGAUUAUGACAACAAUAAAUGCUGAUUUUAAAGACAA